AUGGGUGGCGAUUUGAACUUGAAGAAAUCAUGGCACCCGGGGUUGAUGCGCAACCAGGAGCGUGUAUGGUCGGAGGAGAAGCGCGCCCUGGAAGAACGCAAGCGCAUCGAUCAACUGCGCCGUGAACGCGAUGAAGAGCGCCAGAUGCAAGAAAUCCAGCGCCUCCACGAGGCCUCCGGCAAACCGAAGCAGCACAACCGAGUCGACUGGAUGUACCAAGCACCUUCUAGCGCAACAGGCCAGUACUCGGAGGAGAUGGAGGGAUACCUGCUGGGCAAGCGCCGCAUUGAUGGAAUUCUAUUGAAGAACGAUACCGACAACCAGAAGCUGGAGAAGGGCGCUGAUCUUGCUGGCGCGAAUGCGGUGGCGGCAGCUGCGGCGGGUCCAUCUGUUGGAUCUCAGCGUGAUACCAUGACGAAGGUCAUGGCUGACCCCCUGUUUGAAGUCAAGAAGAGGGAGCAAGCUGCGUACGAGGCUAUGGUUAAGGAGACUAUGCGCCGGAAAGAGAGGGAGGAGAAGCGCGGUGCUCGCGAUGGAGAUCGGGAUCGAGAUUCAAAGCGCCGAAGAUACAGUGAUGAUGCAGAGGAUGAGCGUCGAUCCCGCCACCAUCGCUCUUCGCACCGUCAUCGGUCUAGGUCUCCUGGACGUUCCCACCGUGGACAUCGCAGUGAACGUGAUCGCGAUGAUCGUGAUCGCCGGGAAGACAGACGCCGUGAGGAUGGCCGUGAGGAUGGCCGUGAUCGAAAAGACGAGGAUACUCGAUCUCGGCGAGACGACAGGGAUCGGGAUCGUGACCGGGGCCGCCGCGACGACCGGGAGAGAAGAAACUCUUAUACCAACCGUCGAGAUCGUCAUGAUAGGCGUGAUCAAGACAAUGACCGAACCCGAUCUCCGCGUGCUUCUCCCCGACGACGUUCUCCAUCUCCACGCCCUACAGAAGAUCGCAGUGACCGCCGCGGUGAACAGGACAGCGGCCGUAACCAGGACAGUCGCCGCGAUUAUCCUAGACGAGACUACAGCAAUGGCCGUCGUGCAUCCGGCCGAGACCGUGGCCCACCGCCUCCCCACCCCGUAGUCAACAAGCCCGAUCCCAAGGAACAGGAAGAAGAGCGCCGCCGCAAGCUGGCCGAGAUGCAAUCCAACGCCAACGAUCUCGAGACAGAUCGUCGCCAGCGCAUUGCAGAGAUCACGACAAAGGAAGAACAGCAGGCAGAGGCAGACAACAGAACACGUUCAGACCGUGGUCAAUUCAUGUCCCAGAUCCACAAACGUGCACAAGAGGAUACGCUGGAUGAGCGCAUCAAGCGCAGCCGCGGUGGGCUAUCCAGGAUGGAGGAGGAUUGA